AAACCAUUCAUCCAACUGCGGAGUUGAUUGUACAGAAGACCAUAUAAAGGAAGGAAACCAUUCAUCCCAUGGUAAAGAUGAUUGUACAGAAGACCAUAUCAGAGAAGGAAACCAUUCACCCAACUGUAAAUAUGAUUGUACAGAAGACCAUAUCAGAGAAGGAAACCAUUCAUCCAACAGUAAAGUUGAUUGUACAGAAGACCAUGUCAGAGAAGGAAACCAUUCAUCCAACUGUAAAGUUGAUUGUACAGCAGACGAUAUCAGAGAUGGAAACCACUCAUCCAGAGGUGAAGUUGAUUGUACAGCAGACCAUAUCAGAGAAAGAAACCACUCAUCGAACUGUGCAGUUGAUUGUACAGAAGACCAUAUCAGAGAAGGAAAUCAUUCAUCUAACUGUGCAGUUGACUGCUCUGAAUACCAUAUCAGGGAAGAAAACCACUCGUCCAACAGUGCAGUUGACUGCUCAGAAUACCAUACCAGAGAAGAAAACCAUUCAUCCAACUGUCCAGAUGAUUGUACAGAAGACCAUAUUAGAGAAGGAAACCACUCGUCCAAUUGUGCAUUUGACUGUUCAGAAUACCAUACCAGAGAAGAAAACCACUCAUCCACUUGUCCAAUCCACUAUAUAGAAGACCAUACAGGAGGUGGGAACCAUGCACCCUUCAUCCCUGUCACCGGUACAGAACACCAUAUAAGAGGUAAGAAUCAUCCACAAAACUGUCCCAUAGACUGUUCACAAUCCCACAUAAGAGAUGAGAACCACUCACCUAACUAUCCAGUCGACUGUACAGAGGACCAUAUAAGUAGCGGUAUCCAUUCAUCGAAUUGUCUAGUAGGCUGUACACAACACAUUAGAUGUGAGAACCACUCAUCCAAAUGGAAUGUGGAAUGCAUAGAAAAUACGACGUGUUGUAAUAAUGAAACUGAAAAUCAUAUUGUCCCAGUGGAAUGUGAUGAACACUGUUCAACUAGUUCAAGCACAUCAUCUGAUAAAAAAUCUGCAAGUGACGAUAUAGAGUGUCGUGAAGAUAAAGAUGAUACUGUAUUUGACCAAUUCCUGGAUCUCUGGUCUUCUGAUUCCGAGUCUACAUUAUCUUUGGGUGGAAUACAAGGAGAAGAUUCAAGUAAGACAGCAAGUGAUGGGAGUAAAUCAUCAAACACGACAAAGGAUAAAGAAGUGUCUUUAACUAAAAAUCCUCAACAAUCUGUACCAGAAUAUACUAAAUGCUCUGAUGAUGAGGAUGAUUCUUUAAUUGACAAAUUCAUUGGAAUCUUUUCUUCUGAUUCUGACUCUACAUCAACCAAUACACCAAUUGAAAGCUCAAGUAAGAUACCAAGUGAUGAAAAUGCAACAUCAAAUACAACAGUGAGUUACAAAGAAGAGUCUUUGAGUGAAAACUGUCCAGAAAGUCAUCCUAAAUCAAAAUCAGAAAAUACUACAAGCUGCGAUGAUGAGGACGAUUCUGUAAUUGACAAAGUCAUGGGAUUCUGGUCUUCUGAUUCUGACUCUACAUCAACCAAUACACCAAUGGAAAGCUCAAGUAAGAUGGCAAGUGAUGAGAAUGAAACAACAAAUACAACAGUGAAUGAAACAAAGGAGACUUUGAGGGAGAACAGUCCAGAAAGUCAUCCUAAAUCAAAAUCAGAAAAUAAUGCAAGCUGCGAUGAUGAGGACGAUUCCUUUAUUGACAAAUUCAUUGAUAUCUUUUCUUCUGAUUCUAACUCUACAUCAACCAAUACACCAAUGGAAAGCACAAAUAAGAUGGCAAGUGAUGAGAAUGAAACAACAAAUACAACAGUGAAUAAAACAAAUGUGUCUUUGAGUGAAAGCUGUCCAGAAAGUCAUCCUAAAUUAAAAUCACAAAAUGCUACAAGCUGCGAUGAUGAGGAUGAUUCUGUAAUUGACAAAUUCAUUCGAAUCUUUUCUUCUGAUUCUGACUCUACAUCAACCAAUACACCAAUUGAAAGCUCAAGUAAGAUACCAAGUGAUGAAAAUGCAACAUCAAAUACAACAGUGAGUUAUAAAGAAGAGUCUUUGAGUGAAAGCUGUAUAGAAAGUCAUCCUAAAUCAAAAUCAGAAAAUACUACAAGCUGCGAUGAUGAGGAUGAUUCUGUAAUUGACAAAGUCAUGGGAAUCUGGUCUUCUGAUUCUGACUCUACAUCAACCGAUAUACCAAUGGAAAGCUCAAGUAAGACAGCAAGUGAUGAGAAUGAAACAACAAAUACAACAGUGAAUAAAACAAAUGAUUCUUUGAAUAAAAGCUGUCCAGAUAGUCAUCCUAAAUUAAAAUCACAAAAUGCUACAAUCUGCGAUGAUGAGGAUGAUUCUGUAAUUGACAAAUUCAUUGAUAUCUUUUCUUCUGAUUCUGACUCUACAUCAGCCAAUUCACCAAUUGAAAGCACAAAUAAGAUAGCAAGUAAUGAGAAUGAAACAACAAAUACAACAGUGAAUAAGACAAAGGAGUCUUUAAGUGAUAAAUGCCUAACAACUGAUCCUAAAUCAGAACCUGAAAAUAGUACAUGCGACGAUGAAGAAGGAGAUUCUGUAAUCAACGCUUUCAUAGGACUCUGGUCUUCUGAUUCUGAGACGACUUCGUCAACUACACCAAUGGAAACCUCAAAUAAAACAACAAGUGAUGGGAAAACAACAACAAAUUCAGCAGUGAAAAGCAUAAAGCAGUCUUUCAAAGAUGAAUGUCUAACAACUGAAUCUAAAUCAGAACCUGAAAAUACUACAUGUUGCGAUGAUGAAGGUGAUUCUGUAAUUGAUGCAUUCAUUGGACUCUGGUCUUCUGAUUCUGAAAAGUCCUCAUCCAAUAAACCAAUUGCAAGCUCAAAUAAAACAACAAGUGAUGGGAAUACAACAUCAAAUACACCAGUGAAUAAUUUAAAGCAGUCUUUGAGUGAUGAAUGUCUAACAACCGAAUCUAAAUCAGAACCUGAAAAUACUACAUGCUGCGAUGAAGAAGGCGAUUCUGUUAUCGACGCAUUCAUUGGACUCUGGUCUUCUGAUUCUGAAAUGGCAUCAUCCAAAACUCCAAUCGAAAGCUCAAAUAAAACAACAAGUGAUGGAAAUACGUCAUCAAAUACACCAGUGAAUAAUACAAAGGAGUCUUCGAACGAUGAAUGUCUAACAACUGAAUCUAAAUCAGAACCCGAAAAUACUACAUGCUGCGAUGAAGAAGGCGAUUCUGUAAUUGACGCAUUCAUUGGACUCUGGUCUUCUGAUUCUGAAAUGGCAUCAUCGAAAACUCCAAUCGAAAGCUCAAAUAAAACAACAAGUGAUGGAAAUACGUCAUCAAAUACACCAGUGAAUAAUACAAAAGAGUCUUUGAGUGAUAAAUGCCUAACAACUGAUCCUAAAUCAGAACCUGAAAAUAGUACAUGCGACGAUGAAGAAGGAGAUUCUGUAAUCGACGCAUUCAUUGGACUCUGGUCUUCUGAUUCUGACAUAACUUCAUCCAAUACACCAAUUGAAAGCUCAAAUAAAACAACAAAUGAUGGACAUCCAACACAAAAUACGGAAGAGGAGAAUACAAAUGAGUCUUUGAAUAACUGUCCAAAAACUCCCGAUUCUAAAUCCGAAUCUGAAAAUACUACAUGCAGCGAUGAAGAAGGUGAUUCUGUAAUCGACGCAUUCAUUGGACUCUGGUCUUCUGAUUCUGAAAUGGCAUCAUCCAAAACUCCAAUCGAAAGCUCAAAUAAAACAACAAGUGAUGGAAAUACGUCAUCAAAUACACCAGUGAAUAAUACAAAAGAGUCUUCGAAUGAUGAAUGUCUAACAACUGAAUCUAAAUCAGAACCCGAAAAUACUACAUGCUGCGAUGAAGAAGGCAAUUCUGUAAUUGAAGCAUUCAUUGGACUCUGGUCUUCUGAUUCUGAAAUGGCAUCAUCCAAAACUCCAAUCGAAAGCUCAAAUAAAACAACAAGUGAUGGAAAUACGUCAUCAAAUACACCAGUGAAUAAUACAAAGGAGUCUUCGAACGAUGAAUGUCUAACAACUGAAUCUAAAUCAGAACCUGAAAAUACUACAUGCUGCGAUGAAGAAGGCGAUUCUGUAAUUGACGCAUUCAUUGGACUCUGGUCUUCUGAUUCUGAAAUGGCAUCAUCCAAAACUCCAAUCGAAAGCUCAAAUAAAACAACAAGUGAUGGAAAUACGUCAUCAAAUACACCAGUGAAUAAUUUAAAGCAGUCUUUGAGUGAUGAAUGUCUAACAACCGAAUCUAAAUCAGAACCUAAAAAUACUACAUGCUGCGAUGAAGAAGGCGAUUCUGUAAUCGACGCAUUCAUUGGACUCUGGUCUUCUGAUUCUCAAAUGGCAUCAUCCAAAACUCCAAUCGAAAGCUCAAAUAAAACAACAAGUGAUGGAAAUACGUCAUCAAAUACACCAGUGAAUAAUACAAAGGAGUCUUCGAACGAUGAAUGUCUAACAACUGAAUCUAAAUCAGAAUCUGAAAAUACUACAUGCUGCGAUGAAGAAGGUGAUUCUGUAAUCGACGCAUUCAUUGGACUAUGGUCUUCUGAUUCUGAAACGUCCUCAUCCAAUACACCAAUUGAAAGCUCAAAUAAAACAACAAAUGAUGGACAUCCAACACAAAAUACAGAAGAGGAGAAUACAGAUGAGUCUUUGAAUGAUAACUGUCCAACAAAUCCCAAUUCUAAAUCCGAAUCUGAAAAUACUACAUGCAGCGAUGAAGAAGGCGAUUCUGUAAUCGACGCAUUCAUUGGACUCUGGUCUUCUGAUUCUGAAACGUCCUCGUCCAAUAAACCAAUUGAAAGCUCAAAUAAAACAACAAGUGAUGGGAAUGCAACAUCAAAUACACCAGUGAAUAAUACAAAGGAGUCUUUGAGUGAUAAAUGUCCAACAACUCCCGGUUCUAAAUCCGAGCAUGGAAAUACUACAUGCUGCGAUGAAGAAAGAGAUUCUGUAAUCGACGCAUUCAUUGGACUCUGGUCUUCUGAUUCUGAAACGUCCUCAUCCAAUACACCAAUUGAAAGCUCAAAUAAAACAACAAAUGAAGGACAUCCAACACAAAAUACGGAAGAGGAGAAUACAGAUGAGUCUUUGAAUGAUAACUGCCAAUCAACUCCCGAUUCUAAAUCCGAGCAUGGAAAUACUACAUGCAGCGAUGAAGAAGGCGAUUCUGUAAUCAACGCAUUCUUGGGACUCUGGUCUUCUGAUUCUGAAACGACCUUAACCAAUACACCAAUUGAAAGCUCAAAUAAAACAACAAGUGAUGGGAAUGCAACAUCAAAUACACCAGUGAAUAAUUUAAAGCAGUCUUUGAGUGAUGAAUGUCUAACAACUGAAUCUAAAUCAGAACCUGAAAAUACUACAUGCUGCGAUGAAGAAGGAGAUUCUGUAAUCGACUCAUUCAUUGGACUCUGGUCUUCUGAUUCUGAAAUGGCAUCAUCCAAAACUCCAAUCGAAAGCUCAAAUAAAACAACAAGUGAUGGAAAUACGUCAUCAAAUACACCAGUGAAUAAUACAAAGGAGUCUUCGAAUGAUGAAUGUCUAACAACUGAAUCUAAAUCAGAACCCGAAAAUACUACAUGCUGCGAUGAAGAAAGCGAUUCUGUAAUUGACGCAUUCAUUGGACUCUGGUCUUCUGAUUCUGAAAUGGCAUCAUCCAAAACUCCAAUCGAAAGCUCAAAUAAAACAACAAGUGAUGGAAAUACGUCAUCAAAUACACCAGUGAAUAAUUUAAAGCAGUCUUUGAGUGAUGAAUGUCUAACAACAGAAUCUAAAUCAGAACCUGAAAAUACUACAUGCUGCGAUGAAGAAGGCGAUUCUGUAAUCGACGCAUUCAUUGGACUCUGGUCUUCUGAUUCUGAAAUGGCAUCAUCCAAAACUCCAAUCGAAAGCUCAAAUAAAACAACAAGUGAUGGAAAUACGUCAUCAAAUACACCAGUGAAUAAUACAAAGGAGUCUUCGAACGAUGAAUGUCUAACAACUGAGUCUAAAUCAGAACCUGAAAAUACUACAUGCUGCGAUGAAGAAGGAGAUUCUGUAAUCGACGCAUUCAUUGGACUCUGGUCUUCUGAUUCUGAAACGUCCUCAUCCAAUACACCAAUUGAAAGCUCAAAUAAAACAACAAAUGAUGGACAUCCAACACAAAAUACGGAAGAGGAGAAUACAGAUGAGUCUUUGAAUGAUAACUGUCCAACAACUCCCGAUUCUAAAUCCGAAUCUGAAAAUACUACAUGCUGCGAUGAAGAAGGAGAUUCUGUAAUCGACGCAUUCGUUGGACUCUGGUCUUCUGAUUCUGAAACGACCUUAACCAAUACAGCAAUUGAAAGCUCAAAUAAAACAACAAGUGAUGGGAAUACAACAUCAAAUACACCAGUGAAUAAUUUAAAGCAGUCUUUGAGUGAUGAAUGCCUAACAACUGAAUCUAAAUCAGAACCUGAAAAUACUACAUGCUGCGAUGAAGAAAGAAUUUCUGUAAUCGACGCAUUCAUUGGACUCUGGUCUUCUGAUUCUGAAACGACCUCAACCAAUACACCAAUUGAAAGCUCAAAUAAGAUAGCAAGUAAUGAGAAUGAAACAACAAAUACAACAGUGAAUAAGACAAAGGAGUCUCUGAGUGAUAAAUGCCUAACAACUGAUCCUAAAUCAGAACCUGAAAAUAGUACAUGCGAUGAUGAAGAAGGAGAUUCUGUAAUCGACGCAUUCAUUGGACUCUGGUCUUCUGAUUCUGAAACGACCUCAACCAAUACACCAAUUGAAAGCUCAAAUAAGAUAGCAAGUAAUGAGAAUGAAACAACAAAUACAACAGUGAAUAAGACAAAGGAGUCUUUGAGUGAUAAAUGCCUAACAACUGAUCCUAAAUCAGAACCUAAAAAUAGUACAUGCGAUGAUGAAGAAGGAGAUUCUGUAAUCGACGCAUUCAUUGGACUCUGGUCUUCUGAUUCUGACAUAACUUCAUCCAAUACACCAAUUGAAAGCUCAAAUAAAACAACAAAUGAUGGACAUCCAACACAAAAUAUGGAAGAGGAGAAUACAGAUGAGUCUUUGAAUGAUAACUGUCCAUCAAGUCCUGAUUCUAAAUCCAAGCAUGAAAAUACUACAUUCUGCGAUGAAGAAGGAGAUUCUGUAAUCGACUCAUUCAUUGGACUUUGGUCUUCUGAUUCUGAAAUAACUUCAUCCAAUACACCAAUUAAAAGCUCAAAUAAAACAACAAAUGAUGGACAUCCAACACAAAAUACGGAAUUGAAAGAGGAGAAUACAGAUGAGUCUUUGAAUGAUAACUGCCAAUCAACUCCCGAUUCUAAAUCCGAGCAUGAAAAUACUACAUGUUGCGAUGAAGAAAGUGAUUCUGUAAUCGACUCAUUCAUUGGACUUUGGUCUUCUGAUUCUGAAAUAACUUCAUCCAAUACACCAAUUGAAAGCUCAAAUAAAACAACAAAUGACGGACAUCCAACACAAAAUACGGAAGAGGAGAAUACAGAUGAGUCUUUGAAUGAUAACUGCCAAUCAACUCCUGAUUCUAAAUCCGAGCAUGAAAAUACUACAUGCUGCGAGGAAGAAGGUGAUUCUGUUAUCGAUGCAUCCAUAGGACUCUGGUCUUCUGAUUCUGAGACAUCCUUGUCCAAUACUCAAAGCUCAAAUAAAGCAACAAGUGAUGGAAAUACAUCAUCAAAUACACAAGUGAAUAAUACAAAGGAGUCUUCGAAUGAUGAAUGUCUUACAACUGAAUCAAAAUCAGAACCCGAAAAUACUACAUGCUGCGAUGAAGAAGGAGAUUCUGUAAUCGACGCAUUCAUAGGACUCUGGUCUUCUGAUUGUGAGACCACCUCGUCAACUACACCAAUUGAAGGCUCAAAUAAAACAACAAAUGACGGACAUCAAACACAAAAUACGAAUGAGGAGAAUACAGAUGAGUCUUUGAAUGAUAACUGCCAAUCAACUCCCGAUUCUAAAUCCGAAUCUGAAAAUACUACAUGCUGCGGUGAAGAAGGAGAUUCUGUAAUCGACGCAUUCAUAGGACUCUGGUCUUCUGAUUGCGAGACCACCUCGUCAACUACACCAAUUGAAGGCUCAAAUAAAACAACAAAUGACGGACAUCAAACACAAAAUACGAAUGAGGAGAAUACAGAUGAGUCUUUGAAUGAUAACUGCCAAUCAACUCCCGAUUCUAAAUCCGAAUCUGAAAAUACUACAUGCUGCGAUGAAGAAGGAGAUUCUGUAAUCGACGCAUUCAUAGGACUCGUGUCUUCUGAUUCUGAAAUAACUUCAUCCAAUACACCAAUUGAAAGCUCAAAUAAAACAACAAAUGACGGACAUCCAACACAAAAUACGGAAGAGGAGAAUACAGAUGAGUCUUUGAAUGAUAACUGCCAAUCAACUCCCGAUUCUAAAUCCGAAUCUGAAAAUACUACAUGCUGCGAUGAAGAAGGAGAUUCUGUAAUUGACGCAUUCAUUGGACUCUGGUCUUCUGAUUCUGAGACCACCUCGUCCACUACACCAAUUGAAGGCUCAAAUAAAACAACAAAUGAUGGAAAUAUAUCAUCAAAUACACCAAUGAAUAAUCCAAAGCAUUCUUUGAAUGAUGAAUGUCUUACAACUCCCGAUCCUAAAUCCGAACCAGAAAAUACAACAUGCUGUGAUGAAGAAGGAGAUUCUGUAAUCGACGCAUUCAUUGGACUCUGGUCUUCUGAUUUUGAGACCACCUCGUCCACUACACCUAUUGAAAGCUCAAAUAAAACAACAAAUGAUGGACAUCCAACACAAAAUACGGAAGAGGAGAAUACAGAUGAGUCUUUGAAUGAUAACUGUCCAACAAAUCCCAAUUCUAAAUCCGAAUCUGAAAAUACUACAUGCAGCGAUGUAGAAGGCGAUUCUGUAAUCGACGCAUUCUUAGGACUCUGGUCUUCUGAUUCUGAAAUGUCCUCAUCCAAUACACCAAUUGAAAGCUCAAAUAAAACAACAAAUGAUGGACAUCCAACACAAAAUACGGAAGAGGAGAAUACAGAGGAGUCUUUGAAUGAUAACUGUCCAUCAACUACUGAUUCUAAAUCAGUACUAGAAAAUACUACAUGCUGCGAUGAAGAAGGAGAUUCUGUAAUCGACGCAUUCAUAGGACUCUUGUCUUCUGAUUCUGAAACGACCUCAACCAAUACACCAAUCGAAAGCUCAAAUAAAACAAGUGAUGGAUGUCCAACACCAAAAACAGAAGUUAAGACAACAAAUGAUUCGAUGAAUGAUAAAUGUCUAACAACUGAUUCUAAAUCAGAAAAUACUACAUGCUGCGAUGAAGAAGAUGAUACUGUCAUUGACAGAUUAAUAGAACUGUGGUCUUCUGAUUCUGAAAUGGCAUCAUCCGAUACACCAAUUGAAAGCUCAAAUAAUACAUUAAAUUAUGAGAGUUCAACUGCCAAAACAGAAGUGGAGAAUACAGAGCAGCCUCCUGAUUGCAAAACGGAUGCAAAUAAUUCUGACAAGGAAGAUGCCAAAUCUGACAACUUAUGGGACAGCUUUUGGAAUUAGUAUCCAUUAUCCCGAUCACUAGUACAAACAGGAGUUUCUACCAGAAUGUGGAAGUGCACAUUCCAAACCUGAGUGGAAAAUACAGAAAUUAAAAAGUGUCACUUUGAGAACAAAACAUGCAAAAUGUCACAUCAUGCCAUUUGUUACAGAUGCCAAACAAUCUCUGGAAAAGUUUGUGACGUAACAAUAUUUCAACACUUCGUGUAGGUGACAUAAUUAGUACUACAUUGUUACAACGGAAGUGACAACAACAAUUUUUAAUAAAAAAAGACAACUGAGUGCCAUAGUGAUUACUGACAAUAAAUAAAACUCUUGAAUAAAUACUAGAGAUAGUACCUUGAUGAGAAUCUACACAAAUAGGCCUCAACUGAAAUAAAAUGUGACAUAGCAC